UUCAUCACACCUGUCCGUGAAGCUGUUGACGGGUUGUGCUGUGCGUGCUGUGUGUCGCUUUGCGCUCCCGGAGAGAGAGAGAGACGGUUGAGAAAGUGCGUGAACAACCGGACCGGUAACCGGAAAUAAUAAUGGACAUGGCGGGACCGGUCAGUCAUCAGCAACGGAUAGUUGCUUCAGGUUGGAGUCCCGUGAGUCUGUCUGACUUUACCGAAGAGAACGAGAAGGGAACAGUUCCAAGUCUUCGCGGUAACUUUUCAUUCCAGAGAGAGUUGGGAGAUCUUUAUGAUUAUUGUGGAAUGCUGUUGUCUAUUUAACUAUAGUGCUCCGUUUUUUAUUUAUUUAUUUUUAUCGGUUACGGCUCCGGUGGGUCUGGAGCCAUGGCGUUAUCGCAGAUCCAGUGUUUGGAUGAGAAUAACGUGAACCUCCGAACGCAUGAAUCCAAACCGGACUUUUUUUAUUCCGAGGACCAACGAUUAGCGCUCGAGACGCUUCUCCGGGAUGGACGCGAUGCCUUUAAUAAGUUCCUCCACGCGACCAAUCUCCGGUGUUUCCUGUCGGACCAGGAGGUGGACCAGUUGACCGGGGCAGUGGAGGUGUACGACCCGGUAUCAGAGCUCCGUCAGGGUGACUCAGACAGUGAUGAACUCCCGCUGUCUCUCCAGUACUGGCCGGAGCUGUCUGACUGCUCGCUGCCGCGGCUGGAUCUGGGCUGGCCGGACUGCGCGUCCUACAGAGGAGUGACUCGCGUCACUGUGUACGCGCAACCGCCACUGGACGGCCACACGCACAUCAAAGAGAUGGUCAGGAAAACCAUCGCGCAGGCGCAGAAGGUGAUUGCAGUGGUCAUGGACCAGUUUACAGACGUAGACAUCUUCAGAGACCUUCUGGAGGUGUGCUUUAAGAGGAAAGUGUCUGUCUACAUCCUGUUGGAAAGAGCAGCGUUACCUCACUUCCUGUCUAUGGCCGAGAGGGCCGCCAUGCACCCGGGACACCUGAAGAGCCUGCGUGUGCGUGUGUCAGGGGGAGCAGAGUUCUUCAGCAGGUCGUGUACCAGGGUGAGAGGACGGCUGGGUCACAGGUUCCUGUUGAUAGAUGGAGACAAGGCUGUUUCUGGAUCGUACAGUUUCACCUGGACGGCGUCUCGUUUGGACAGACACCUGGUCACCAUGGUAACAGGCCAGGCGGUUGACUCCUUUGACCAGCUGUUCCGUGACCUCUACCUGACCUCCAGCGGGGUCGACCUCCGCAGGGUCACCACGGAGACGGAACCGGAGCCAGAGCCCCUCCCCCGGGCCACCCCCGUCGCUUCUCUCUCCGCAGCUAACGCCAGGAAGCUGUUCAGCCCUAAAUACGCUGUGGUGAUCGGCAACGCUAACGCUAGCAGCGCCGGCCCCGUCUCCUCCGGAACUCCGGAGCUCCAGAACUCCAACUCCCAGAACCCCCUGAAAACAAAGGUGCGUGUCCGGGAGCCAGUGGAAGCUCCGCCCCUCCACCCGGGAUUGGCCUGUCUGGAGAAAGCGUACCUGAUUCCGUACCUGCCCACCUGGCCCGAACCCGACCCCCCCAGAGAUGUCAUCGGGUUCAUCAACGUGCGGGAUGCGUCACGGUCGACCCAGGUGCACCUGCAACGCUCCGAGAGGUUUGAAACGAGCCAGGCUAUACGGUUCAGCAGUCCCUUUACCCUGCCCAAUGAGGAGACACUUCCUGACAGGGCUGUGCCUAGACCAACCCCUACCCCUAACUCUACCACUACCCCUAUCUCUACCCUUAUCUCUACCACUACCCCUAUCUCUACCACUACCCCUAUCUCUACCCUUAUCUCUACCACUACCCCUAACUCUACCACUCCCGUAUACCCCUCCCUUACCUUCACCCCCGUCCCCAAGCCCCGGACGGUGCAGUUGGUCAUGAGGAACGGGAGUGGUCAGGACCUAUGUGGAGUCAGAGAGGUUAAGAAGACAGACCGUCUGGAGCUAACAGGACCACAAAGAGACUGUCUGAAUGGAACUGGACUGUGGCUAGACUGUGAGACUGCACUACGACCCCAGAGUGACUCUGAGACCGCACUACGACCCCAGAGUGACUGUGAGACCGCACUGCGAACACAGAGUGGCUGUGAGACUGCAGUAGUACCCCAGAGUGGCUGUGAGACUGCAGUAGUACCCCAGAGUGGCUGUGAGACUGCAGUACGACCCCAGAGUGACUGUGAGACCGCACUACGACCCCAGAGUGACUAUGAGACCACACUACGACCGCAGAGUGGCUGUGAGACCGCAGUAGUACCCCAGAGUAACUGCGAGACCGCAGUAGUACCCCAGAGUGACUGCGAGACUGCAGUACAACCCCAGAGUGACUGGGAGACUGUAGUACAACCCCAGAGUGACUGGGAGACUGUAGUACAACCCCAGAGUGACUGGGAGACUGCAGUACAACCCCAGAGUGACUGCGAGACCAUAGUACGACCCCAGAGUGACUGCGAGACUGCAGUACAACCCCAGAGUGACUGCGAGACUGCAGUACAACCCCAGAGUGACUGUGAGACCGAAGUACAACCCCAGUGUGACUGUGAGACCAUAGUACGACCCCAGACUCCACACCCAGAGAGACAGAGCUACAGUCCUGCACUGAAAGAGACAGACCAGAAGAACAGCUGGGACCAGACCAGCUGGGACCAUCAGAACUACUGUCCUCCAGCUGGGACCAUCAGAACUACUGUCCUCCAGCUGGGACCAUCAGAACUACUGUCCUCCAGCUGGGACCAUCAGAACUACUGUCCUCCAGCUGAGACCAUCAGAACUACUGUCCUCCAGCUGAGACCAUCAGAACUACUCUUCUCCAGCUGGGACCAGACCAGCUGA